CUCAGAAGAAUCUAGAACAUAUUCCGGUUGAAAGGUUGUUGGAGUUGGGCUCAUAUCUCCUCCUCUCCCCAUCCAUGGACCAUCGUCAUGACCUUGACAGUUUUAUCGUCUGACCUACAUCUUAUCUCAAUCAGUCCAGAAACACCUGCUUCCACAGGUCGAAAAUAAUGAGUGUUCACCAACCCGAGGAAAAAGAGUCUCUGCCAACUUAUUUAACCCUCCACCCUUUCCUGACCCACCCCCCUCCCCUCCCCUCCCUCUCCCAGGGCUCCUGCACACCCCUGAUGGUAGCCACCCUCCACCCCCACCCCCCCACGGUAGCGGGCGUAGCCCCCCAGUACUCUGUUCCCCUGGGGCUGGGCUGUGAUGCUGGCCACCCCACUCUGCUGGAGCACACUGCCACCGUGCUGCAGGCUUGGCCCGCCGGCACCCAGCAGAUCCUCAUCCCGUCGUCAUGGCAGCAGGUUCCUGGCGUGGCCAUCCACGGCUCCGCCCACCAGACGGUUGUCGCGGAAUCUCCCGUAGAGACGCUCCAUCCGGACACAGCAGCCCAGCACACAAACAGCUGGAGGUAUGGUUAUCACCAUGGUUACAUAGAUGUCUGUCACAAUAGACCUCUUUAUAUAAGAGAACAGAAGGCAGUCCAUCGAUAG